GACGGAGGAGACAUCAGAAGGAACUCAGAGAGAAUCAAACCAACCACCUGCUGAGGAACAUUUGAUCAAUCUUUAUUAACAAGUGACAGGAGGAGACAAAGGUGUGCAUCUCCAUGGCGACAGGUGUGUGUGUGCUGCUGAAUGUGUGGGUAGGUGUGUGCAUGGCGUUGAACCUCGACAUGUCAUUCCCGGUGCUGAAGACAGGCGGAGACGGAAGUCUGUUCGGGCUGUCUGUGGCUCUGCACCAGGAUCUGAAGACAGACAACUACCUGCUAUUGGUCGGAGCACCCAGGGACAAGGCGGAGGCUAAUGUUCCAGCCAAUCGAACAGGAGGAGUGUACAGCUGUCACAUCACUGCUGACCAAUCAGACUGCAGCAGGAUGAAGCUCAUUGACCCAGAUGUGAACUUGUCUGAGGAUGUGAUUGAGGACAUGUGGUUGGGUGUCUCAGUAGCCAGUCAGGGUCGACCUGGGGGGCGGGUACUGACAUGUGGUCAUCGUUUUGUUAAACUCUACGGAGCGUUCAAACUCAGACAUAUGAUUGGCCGCUGUUAUCUCCCUGGAAAUGACCUGCAGUAUGACAACACAGAUGUCCACUGGCAGAACAUCGUCCAGCCCUGCAAUCACCUUGGGGAUGUCAGCAGUGAGGUCAUGUGCAACAUGGGGAUCUCUGCCUUCAUCACUCAGACUGAAGUCAUCGUCGGCUCACCUGGAAGCUUCGAAUGGCAAGGUAAUGUCCAUGUCUCCUGGAUGAAUCCAGACGUCCUCUUUGACACCAGAACGAGCUCCUUUCCCAACAUGCAACGCAGGAACAUUUAUAUAGGAUAUUCACUCACUCAGGCUCGUCACAUCCUCUCGCACGAAGAUGAAACCAUAGUAACAGGAGCGCCAAAGGACAGUAAAGACGAUGCUCGUGGCUCUGUGCUGUUGGUAGUCAAACGCUCUGAUAAAUUGAUGACUCAGCAGACUCUUCGUGGUGAACAGACAGGCUCGUAUUUCGGUAACGCCGUGGCAACCGCUGACCUCAACAAUGACGGGUGGAAUGACCUGCUGGUGGGCGCUCCUUUUUACUUCCAUCGUCAGCAGGAGUUGGGCGGGGCAGUUUAUGUUUACAUGAAUGCAGGAGGUUGGUUUGAUUCUCAGCCCAGUGUGGUGCUGAGAGGACCGGCCAGAUCGGCCUUCGGUAUGUCUGUGACCGCUGCUGGAGACCUCAACCAAGAUGGCUUCCAAGACUUUGCAGUUGGGGCUCCGUUUCAUGAAACAGGCAGCGUAAUGAUCUGGAGCGGCAGCAGUGAGGGGGUUUCUACAGAACCGAGCCAGGUGAUCAAGGGCCAUGCGGUCUCUCCUGGGUUCAGGACUUUUGGAUACUCUUUGUCUGGAGGUCUGGAUGUUGAUGGCAACAAAUAUCCAGACCUGCUGGUUGGCUCUCUGGAUGACACCAUUGCUCUGCUCAGAACUCGUCCAGUCAUUCACAUCAAUAAAACUCUCAAAGUUUCUCCGGACAUUGUCGACCCAAACAGCUGUGACUUCUGUAUCCAGGUGGAGGUGUGUUUCUCGUACAUAUUCAGUGCUGGAGAGAAGAGCGACAGAGACAACAUCACUGUCCACCUCACUGUAACAGCUGAUGUCACCAGCCUCAAGUCCCGCCUCCUUUUCCAUGACAACGGGCAGAGUGUUUAUUCUGGUUACCUGUCACUGCCAAAGAAAAACUGUCAACCCCUGAGAGUGGGACUGCUGAGUCCAAUCCAAAACAAAGUGGAACCUUUGGUGUUCUCCCUGAACAUCUCUCUGUUUGAGAAGCUUCCUAAGAAAAGAAAUGCUGUUCAGGACCUCCAACGUCUCCCUGUGCUUAGCCAGACACCCCGACCCAUCAGAACCCAGAUCCACUUCCAGAAUGCCUGUGGUAUUGAUAACCGCUGCCAUAGUAACCUUCAGAUGAAAGCCCAGUUCAGAGAUGAGAAUCGGAACCCUUUCCCCAUGAAGAAGGGGAGGCAGGUGUUGUACUACAGCGGCAAUAUUAACCGAUUGUUUCUGGAGGUGAACAUCAGUAACACACCAUCACCAGGCCAACCAGCAGAGGAUGCUCACAAUGCUGUUUUGAAUGUUAGCAUCCCACCAUUACUCAUAUACUCCGGAGUUCGAACAAAGGGUGAUGUCCAUGAGUUGGUGGAGUGUAUUGUUGAGGACACUGAGCUUCUAUGUGAGCUGGGAAACCCUUUCAAAAGCAACCAGGAGGUCCAGGUCUUCAUCAUAUUUCAGCCAUCUGAGAUCAGUUUUCACACCAAAGAGAUUCAUUCUUUGCUGCAAAUGUCCACGCUCAGUGAACAGUCCGAUCUGUUUCCACAAUCUGUCUCCAUAUUGGUGGAAUAUUCACUGCAGGCUUCCCUCACUCUAAUCAAUCCGCCAGGCCCUGCCUCCUUCAGUGGUCAUGUGAUUGGUGAGUCAGCCAUGAAGAAAACAGAGGAUAUUGGCACUCUGCUUCAUUUCACCCUGCAGGUGCACAUCAAAGGGAAGCCGCUGGGUCGCCAAGCCAACAUGCAGGUGGAGUUUGAUUGGCCGAUAGAGGUGUCCAGUGGGAAGUGGCUGCUAUACCUGACAGAGAUCCAAAUGAAUGGCACAUCAGAGCCGCACUGUAGUCUGCCCAGCAACAUCAUUAAUCCCCUCGGCCUCAUGGUGUCAAAGCGGGUGGAGGAGAAGAAGAAGAAAAGGAGAAGUCUGGAGGAGGAGGCGAAGGGGAAGAGGGAGGAGCAGAGAGAAACACCUUUAUCCGCCCUCCACCUGCAGGGACAGAAGAAGUCCUAUACUCUGGAUUGUGUGCACGGGGCUAACUGUGUGACGUUCGUCUGUCCGCUGCUCAACAUGAACAACUCAGCAACGCUGACAGUCAGAGCCAGACUGUGGAACUCCACCAUGAUUGAGGACUACAGUGAUGCAAGGAGUGUGUUGGUUCGAGGCCGGGCUACUCUGAAGCUGCAGACUAACAAACAAACCAUCAACAUGGACUUCCACAGCACAGAGAUUGAGGUCAACAUUUAUCCUGACCUGGGGCAGCAGAUGGAUUCUAGUGCCCCCCUGUGGAUCAUAGUGGUUUCUGUCCUGGCUGGAGUCUUACUGCUGGCUCUGAUCUGCCUGCUGCUCUUGAAGUGUGGCUUCUUCGUGCGCAGAAGGGUGUGGCAAGCUGUGGCACUCCACCAGGGAAGGCUUCUGGGUAAGGACGAGAAGCAGCAGUACAUGGAAAGUGAUGGUUUCUUAAUACUGGACGACCUGUCCUUGUCCAAGACCCGGAAGUCUCCCAAACACUGGUUUACCUCCUGGAGUGAAACACACUGAGAGAUGGAUUGUAUCCAAGAAGGGCAUGAUCAACCAUACUGAACUGUAGAAAAAUUCAUAAACCGCACCAAACCCGAUCAACACAUUGUGAAAGGGACAAACACAUUCUUAACUGGUCCAACACAACUUGCAUCUGUGAGAUAUCCUCAACUCGACCAAAAUCUGACCCAAAAAUUCAGAGCUCGACCAGACUGGAAUGACACUUGUACAACCAUACCUGGCCAGACUUUGCCAAAAUAUCCUGGACAGAACCGGACCACAAAACUGCCUGGUAUGUCAGAGCUGUUGUAUGAAAACGUCUAAAAAUGUUUACACUUACUUCAGAACAUAAUUCUGGAGACGUCAGGUUUCCAGCUGACAUAAUUGUUUAUUUGUAAACCACAGAUUGUUAGUAACAUGUAAAGACAGAAUGUUUAAUUUCCAUUUGUAAAAUUUUAUGUAUACUCGUAUGUCUCAGAUUUCCUUUGUGAAAAACAUUUCCCAGCAUCCUCCUAGUCUCGGAAUGAUUUCACAUACAAGACCAUUAAUAAUAUGGACAGUUUGUCAUUAACAGAUGGCGAGUCAGUUUUGUGAUUUAUUUAAAAGAUAUGAUUUAAUAAGCUGUCUUCACUCAACCACAUUCCAUCAUUUAUGAACAGAUUUAUGGUGGAUGGCGGAAACACAACAUCUACUUAAAUCAUCCGAUUUCUGAAGACACACAUCAAUCAGUGAUUAGUGACUUGGGAAAAUAUCAAGAUGAAGUACACAAUUUUAAGUUAAACGGCUGUGAAAUUAAUAAAGCGAAAUCAGUCUUUUAAAACAAAAAGUCAAUGUUGACUGCUUUGAUGUGUUGUGAUGUCACAAUUAAAUGUCGCCUUCAAGGAUUCCUUGUUAACUCUGUUUCCUCCCCUCAAAGAAAGUAAGAUUAAGACAGCAUCACUCAUUAGUAAGAGUGAUGUGUUUGGUAGCUGAUAGAUUAUGUAAGAAAAAUACAUUUUGUGGUAUUUUUAUUUGAUCAGUCUUGACAUUUCCUCAAUUUUCUCAAGUGUACUUACAUAGUUGUGAUAUUUCUGACAGCACUUAAAAGCAGCAUCUUUCAGUCUUGUGGAUGUGAGUCAUCAUUGCUGUGGUGAAGUGUUUGUAUGUUUACUGUGUGAUGAAGAUAUUAAAGUAUUCUUUUAAU